GAAAUUGAAUUUAAGACCUCCCACAAAAUAGAGUUUUUUAAUGUCUCAACUUUGUCAUUUGAACUAGGCCUCAUCGAAAAUAUAUAUGAAUUUUCGAAACCAAAUUUUCACAAACUUAUUAUUUAAAACCCAGUGGAGUAUUAUAUGAACCCAUUUUCUUUCUUUUUUUAGGGAUAUCUCGCACAAUUCUUUUAAAUUUUCGGCGUUUAUAAGCAAAAUUCACAAAAAUUGUUCGAUCCAAUCUCUGACUGUACAUCAUUUGACGACUUGUGUCUGCAAUCUUGAUCAACAACGACAUCAACAAUAGUGAAAUCGAUGAUCUUCAUCGAUCCAAUUAACAACUUGUCAAAUGUGGGGAAAUGCAUAUGUGCCGCACAACUGCUCGAUAAAACGCCCCAAUGUUUUCUUUUUCCCCCCAAUAAAUAAUUACAGCCACUCGUACAAAUUCAAUCAGAUUUUUUUCCCCUCACAAAAUAUUUCACAAUAUUUAUAUUUGGGAUCAAAUCACGACACGCACAAAACACCAAAUUUGGGUGAAGCUACAGAUGAGAAAGGGACAUGUGUUUGGCCCUCUCUUGUCUAAAUUCAGAGCGGCCUAGAAACGUGGACGAUGGCCAACCCCCCCCCCCCCCCCCCCCAAAACCUUACACACACUACAAUGGCUACUUAUUAUUGCUGUAUUCACGCACUCGAGCGUGUUUAUGUGUGUGAGAUAAACAAGAUCUCCACUUGGCCUACCUGAUUUUUUUCCCAUUCCAAAAUCUCUCUCUAUAUAUAGAAGUGAAGAUCACAUUUAACGAAAAAAUAAGUUUGCAAGAUUUCUCGUGAAAGCUCACAGGCCAAUAAAGCUACCACCUUUCACCUCCCCCACUUGAUACAUACAUACACUCUUCAUGCAUUCUAUCUAGAUUUAUUGUGAGCCAGCUUUUGUGCUAUAGAUCUUCAAGUUCUUGUUUUUUAUUUCAAGAUUCUUGAUUUCGUGGAAUUUUUCUGCUAAAAUCAGAAUCUUGACUUGUCUUUCCUAUAAUUGUGGAUGAUCUAGUCGCGUACGAUCUUGAGCUUCUAAGAUUCAGUGAUUGUCAUCAUUAUCUGAAGAGAGUGGUGAUUCUUGAAAUUUGGUUGGGGUGAGUGAGAGAAACUGCGAUGGAUGCUUGCUGUGCUACACUGAAAUCGGCAUCCCAUUUGGCGAAUGUGAGCAAAAGUGUGUUGUGUGGUGAAGAGAAUGGGUUUUUGGGAGAGAAGAUUAGAGGGAGCCUAAACAAUCGUGCCAGGAUUUGUAAAUUUGGGAAAAAAUUCAAUCUUGAGAAAAAGGGAAGGAAGAUCAAACCUGGCGUUGCUUACUCUGUUCUCACCAGAGAAAACAGCAAUCAAACUCUGGUGAUACCGGCCCCACGAUUCGAGAGGCAGAGGGCGAAUCCGAAAAAUGUAGCUGCGAUCAUUCUGGGAGGAGGGGCUGGUGCACAACUUUUCCCUCUUACUAGCAGAGCUGCCACCCCAGCUGUUCCAGUGGGAGGAUGCUAUAGGCUGAUAGACAUCCCAAUGAGCAACUGCAUCAACAGUGGCAUUAACAAGAUCUUUGUGCUGACUCAGUUCAACUCUGCUUCUCUAAAUCGACACAUUUCUCGCACGUAUACUGGAAAUGGUAUUAGCUUUGGGGAUGGUUAUGUUGAGGUUUUGGCUGCAACUCAGACAGCAGGGGAAACAGGAAACCGGUGGUUCCAGGGUACAGCAGAUGCUGUUAGGCAAUUUAUAUGGGUAUUUGAGGAUGCCAAGGCGAAAGAUAUUGACAACAUCUUGAUUCUAUCAGGGGAUCAUCUUUACAGGAUGGAUUACAUGGACUUCGUUCAGAACCACAUUGAUAGAAAUGCCGACAUCACACUCUCGUGUGCACCAGUUGAUGACAGCCGGGCAUCAGCGUUUGGACUGGUGAAGAUUGACAGCAGAGGUCGCAUAUCCCAAUUUUAUGAAAAGCCUAAAGGCGCGGAUAAGAUGGCAAUGCAAGUAGACACCUCUAUCAUUGGAUUGUCCACGGAGGAAGCUGUAAAAUCUCCGUAUAUCGCUUCUAUGGGAGUAUAUGCAUUUAAGACCGACGUUUUAUUGAAGCUUCUCCGGUGGAGAUACCCGACUUCAAAUGACUUUGGAUCUGAGAUCAUACCUUCUGCAGUAAAGGAACACAAUGUGCAGGCAUAUGUAUUCAGAGACUACUGGGAAGAUAUCGGAACGAUAAAAUCAUUUUACGAUGCUAAUUUAGCUCUUACGGAUGAGUUCCCGAAGUUCGAAUUCUAUGAUCCGAAGACUCCUUUCUACACGUCGCCCCGGUUCCUGCCACCAACCAAAAUCGACAAUUGCAAGAUCAAAGACGCGAUAAUAUCACACGGGUGCUUCCUGCGAGAAUGUGUUGUCGAACACUCUAUAGUAGGCGAGCGCUCUCGUCUCGACUCCGGGGUUGAACUCAAGGAUACUUUGAUGAUGGGGGCUGAUUCUUACCAAACGGAAUCAGAGAUUGCCUCACUCCUUGCCCAGGGCAAAGUUCCAAUGGGGAUUGGUAGUAACACAAAAAUCAGUAACUGCAUCAUCGACAAGAAUGCGAGGAUCGGGAGAGACGUAGUGAUCAAGAACAAGGAUGGCGUCGAAGAAGCUGACAGAUCGGAAGAAGGGUUCUACAUCCGCUCGGGGAUCACGGUAGUAGUGGAGAAAGGAACGAUAGCCGAUGGAACGGUCAUAUAAGCGUUGCUCCGGCCGUUUGCUGGGACGGCGUCGGAGAGAUGGGCGUUGCUGGUGUAAAAAGAGAGAUGUCGUUUCCAGUCAUGAAAAUAAAGCGUCUUGUUUUAUUCCACUCUAGUCUAGUAAUGUAAACUUAUAACUUCUGCUGCUAUAGUAUUUAAUUAAUUACCACA